UGUAGGGUCAUUUGUUUAUGGUAUGGACAGAAGUGCACACUAAUUUUUUUAGAUAACUCGUCAUCAUCAACAAUUUUAUGCAGAAAGGGGAAGGAAAUUUGGUCAGCUCUUUUCCUUUCUCUUAGCUGACCUUAGUUGAUGAGUUUUUUUGUUUUUAAGUUUUUAUAUAGAUAUUUUCAGCCCUAUUCCUUUAUCAGUGGAUAUACGUAGUUAAAUGGCUGAGCAGAAGAUACUUUUUCGAAAAUGUGGCAGCUUCCAGAAUAUGGCAAUGGAGAUGAAUGAUGAGUUGGAGAAGACUUCCAUCACCUUACCAGACCCAGUGGACAGUGGAAUGAAUCUUCAGCAGAUAGAUCACAGAGAAGACGAGACCAGUAAGACCAGUGUGACCAUGGUCAGGAAGAAGGGGCUGAAGCGCACCUGUGUGGUGGUCAUAUUGGGGCUGGCUGUCAUCUUCCUCCUGGGGGUCCUUGUAGGAUGGCUCAUCAAACCAGCAAAUCAUCAGGAGGAUGUCUGGCAUUCCCGUGUAGAUGUACAAAAGGAGAUUAUAUUGGAAAUGAAGGCAGAAAACAUAAAAAUGUUUUUAAAGGAUUUCACAAAAAUUCCUCAUCUGGCCGGGACGGAGCAGAACCUGAAUCUGGCAGAACGUAUCCAAGCCCAGUGGAGGGAGUUUGGGUUGGAUAGCACCGAGUUAGUCCACUAUGACGUCUUGCUCUCUUAUCCCAACAGCAGCAAGCCUAAUUAUAUUUCUGUUAUUGAUGACCAGGGAACAGAGGUGUUUAACACUUCUUUAUCAGAACCACCUCCGGAUGGCUAUGAAAACUUCACAGAUAUAAUCCCUCCCUAUAAUGCCUUUUCGGCUAAGGGGGAACCAGAGGGAGACCUGGUGUACGUGAACUACGCACGCACUGAAGACUUCUUCUAUCUGCAGAGAAACUUGAGUAUCAACUGCACUGGGAGAAUUGUGAUCGCCAGAUACGGCAAGAUCUUCAGAGGGAAUAAGGUAAAAAACGCUAUAUUAGCUGGCGCCAAAGGAAUCAUCUUGUUUUCUGAUCCGGCUGAUUACUGUGCCCCUGGCGUUAAGCCCUAUCCAGAUGGCUGGAACUUACCUGGUGGCGCAGCCCAGAGAGGAAAUGUUCUGAAUCUCAACGGAGCUGGAGACCCUCUAACUCCAGGUUAUCCUGCUAAAGAGUUUAUGUACAGAUACAGUGCAGAUGAAGGAGUAGGACUGCCCAGCAUUCCUGUCCAUCCUAUAGGUUACCAUGAUGCAGAAAAGAUCCUCAAGCUUAUGGGAGGACCAGCUCCACCAAAGGCAUGGAAAGGAAAUCUCAAUGUCUCCUAUAAUAUCGGACCUGGAUUUUUGAGCAACUUUUCGAACAGGCAGGUGAGAAUGCACGUUUACACCAACAAUGAAGUCACAAGGAUUUAUGAUGUCAUCGGUACCAUUCGAGGGGCUUUAGAACCAGAUCGUUACAUCAUUUUGGGAGGCCAUCGAGAUUCCUGGGUGUUUGGUGGAAUAGAUCCAACUACCGGAGCAGCUGUACUGCAGGAAGUUGCGAGAAGCUUUGGAAAAAAAGUAAAAGAAGGUUGGAGGCCCAGAAGAACAAUUAUUUUUGCAAGCUGGGAUGCGGAAGAGUUUGGACUUCUGGGAUCAACAGAGUGGGCAGAGGAAAAUGCUAAAAUUCUCCAGGAGAGAGGAGUGGCCUACAUAAAUUCAGACUCUUCCAUAGAAGGAAACUACACCUUAAGAGUGGAUUGCACCCCCCUGCUGUACCAGCUGGUCUACGAGCUUACUAAGGAGCUAUCCAGUCCAGAUGAAGAUUUUGAGGGCAAAUCCUUGUAUGAAAGCUGGCUCGAAAAAGAUCCUUCAAUACAGAGUGCAGAGCUGCCAAGGAUAAACAAGCUUGGCUCCGGCAGUGACUUUGAGGCAUAUUUCCAGCGUUUAGGGAUUGCAUCUGCAAGAGCGCGCUACACAAAAAAUAGGAAAACGGACAAGUACAGCAAUUAUCCGGUCUACCACACAGUAUAUGAGACAUUUGAGUUGGUGAACCAGUUUUAUGAUCCAACGUUUAAGAAACAACUUGCAGUAGCCCAGGUGAGGGGAAGUCUGGUGUACAAGCUCGCUGACUCCGAUAUUCUACCGUUUAAUGUCCUUGAUUAUGGCAAGGAGCUGAAGAAUUAUGCUGACAGCAUCUCUAACUUGGCUAAGCAACAUCAAGAGAAAAUGGAGACCUAUGGUGUGUCUUUUGAACCUUUGUUUUCUGCCAUUAAUAAUUUUACAGAUUAUGGGGCUGGCCUACACCAACGCAUUAAAAACGUUGAUCUGCAGAAUCCCCUUGCUCUUCGUAUACUGAAUGACCAGUUGAUGUUUGCAGAGAGAGCUUUCACAGAUCCCCUUGGCCUACCAGGACGACCGUUUUACAGACACGUCAUCUUUGCACCCAGCAGCCACAAUAAAUAUGCGGGGGAAUCGUUUCCCGGGAUUUACGACGCUCUGUUUGACAUUGAGAAUAAUGCGGACCAGCAGAAGGCUUGGGAGGAAGUGAAAAGACAGAUUGCCGUCGCCACAUUUACCGUGCAAGCUGCUGGAGAAACCUUAAAGGACGUUUAAUAAAGUGUCAGCUUCUUGUUACUUUUGGGUGUCUAUCAGAAAAAGGCCAAAAUAAGCGCGCCGUACAGUCACAGCAGAUCCAAAGGGGGUAUACAGGGCAACAUUUACAUGCAUUGUUCUUUGGCAGUGCAAGAAUCUCAUUCAUCUGACUGUCAGGAGUUGGGGGGCCGUUCUAGACACUUGGGGACCCAAUUACAUCAUGGCGGUGCAUUAGUGCACUUGUGUAACACAUUUGCACCACAUUGCACCAACACAAGUCACAUGCCUGUUACCGCAGCUCCAAAAGUGGGACUGGGCCCUUAAGAGCACAAUUCUUCUGUUAAAGUUUUCCUACUAUACACUGGUCUGUGUCUUUUAAACAGUUUUUUUUUUAAUAACCGUUCAGGUUUAAAUAUAUUUAAUCUAGUUAAAUAAAAUGUAAUAUGUAAAUUCUACUGAAGAGGGGCAUCCCGCAGAGGCUUGCAAACCUAGUUUGUGUGGUGAAGUACACGCAAAAGCAAAUAUGCUCCCUUAGGUAAGAAAAUAACUUUCCUGAACCCCUAAUGAUGGUAGAGCAGCCUGGCCCCCAAAAUGCAUUGGUUUGUUACUGGAUUUAUUAUGAAAUAAAUAACUUAUUGACCUAAAA